GGCCGGAGGGGGAACAGAUCUCGACCCUGGGGACUGACACCACACCCAUCUGUGUGUGUGUGUGUGUGCGUGUGUGUGUGUGUGUGUUGUCCAGCAUAUGCCUUGUUGUGUUUCUUCUUGUUCUUAGUAAAUGAAGAGCUGCUUGCAGAUUCUCAGAACUGGUUGACAUCAUCAUGGAAAUGGCGACUUUUAGCCCUGCUCCUGGGACGUUAGGAGGAACCUCGCCUCCUCAUACUGAGACUGUGACCAAGAUAAUGGCGAAGGGCAUCAUCGCAGGCGGUGGAGAUUUUGCAGCCUUAAUUGGAGGGAUCGUCGGUGCACUGCUGCUGCUGCUGAUCUGUACUACAGCGCUGUUGCUGUGGUGUCUGUCCAGACAUAAAGGCUCGUACGUCACCAACGAGACGGACGACGAUGACGACAUCGAUGGUGACGACGAGUCUGUGGGCUCUGAUACGGCGCUCCAAAGCAGGGAACCUCUGAAGGCCAAAGAGGAGGAAUAAACCUGUGAUACAGACUUCAGUCGUGGUGUUGAAGAUUAAAGAGCUUUUUUAAAAUUGGAAGUCACAUAAAGCUGCGCGAAGCAACUUUGCACAUCGCUGCCACCAAAUAGCAUCAAGACGUAACUGUUUGGGCCACACCUGCCAACAUUUAGCUUUCAAAGUAUGAGAAAUCGACCCUGUGGGCUUUGUAAAACACUUGGACACUAUCCUGGUGCUGCAGAUAGAAAAGGAAACUGUCUGUAUUUAGAUUUGUUUGGAGAAACUCAGUGAGCUCAGUGGUUCCCAGCCUUUUUCCCUUCUAUCACUGAGUAAACUGACUGUAUUUUUAUUUGUAUUAUAUUCAAUGUGUAACAAUAACAGUAGAGAGCAGCUGAUAAACUGUACAAUGAACCCAAACAGUGAACAUAAUAACUGCAGGAAGUUUGUGCAAAACAAGUUUUUAUGAUAUUUUUAGUAACUUUCUAUCCAACAAUCAUACGGACUUAAAAUCCCUGAUGUUUGGCCUUUUCUAUUAGCUCUUUGCAGUUUGAACUGCGUAUUGUUGUACUGCAAGACGAGGCUGCCUUCAAUGUUUAGAUCUUAAAUAAUCUAAACUCUAAAAAUUACACAUUUUCUUACACGCCUUAAAAUCAAGACCAUAAAGUCGGUCAUUUUAUUUCAGUGACAGUGACGAAUCGUGACUCUCAUGCAAGAUUUUCUCACUAACCAAUUUCUAAUGUUAAUAUUCUACAUUAUCUCUUACUAAUGUAACUAUCACUAGCAGUUGCCUCGCUGAAAUGUGGGCACACAUCACCUGAUUUUUAUUGAUCAGACAGUGCUAUUGAUUUUAAACCAGCUGAUUAUUUUUCUUGCCUCGGAGCAGAAACAUCUACCACUUCAUCAAACUCCAGAUGACAGAUGGGGAAGCUUCAGGGUGCGAACUACAGAGGAAUCAGGACUCCCCUUCAGGGGGGGCUGUAAAAUAAUGAGAAUAUCAGCCCCUCCAGGAGCCUUUUGAAGGCUUUUUUUGGGAUUGUUGCGACCUGAUUUCGAUGAAUGUUUUUAUGUUUUUAGGCUUUUUUUCUUUGCAAUCGAAUUGCUAAAUUGAAGACGACUGUUUGGAGGGUCAGUGUGAGACACACAAUCUGCAUUUUAAGCACUAGAAAGGAGGAAGUGUUUGCAGCUUCCUGCUGUUUUUUGUCACACAUUUAUAUUUUUACACAUCUUCAUCAUCAGGGAUUAUACAUCCACUAUGAUGUAGGAUUUGUGCUAAUGAGUGUGACUAAUCACUAAUUCACUUUAAAAAAGACUCCGCAGAUCUUGAAAUCACGUCUGAAGCGUGACAGCCUGAUAUCAUUACCUUCAGAUCAGAAAAUAUCAGAAAAUAUGUCCCUCUCACUCACAGUGUCUGAGUUUUUUCCUUAUUCACCUGGAGGCUCGUUCACUGCUGGCUAACACAAACCCAAAUCUAUCUGCCACAGAGGAAAUAUUUUAAAAUACCUACAACUGGUAGAAAAAGUCCUCUGACUCUGGUUGUAGUUGCAGCAGUGUGUCUGUGACUCCCGCCAGAGAGAAACAUCCUGAGAGCAGAAUUUAACAUUUGAGGAAUCUCUUUCUGACUGAUUCUCCCCCAAAAGGCUUCUCAGCUCAUGAAGAUAAAACCAGUGCAGCUUUAAAAUAAUUAAAAUCACAGCUCUCUGUCAGAAAUCUUUGAAGAUCCAGUUAUCACCUCUUCACAUGCGUCACAUGUGCUGAAUCAUAUGUUAAAAGCUUUACACCUCCUGUGGCUAUUCCAGCAGACAAACGUCAAACCAGAGUCUGGGAGGUCCAACUGACCAACUGACCGGGAAACAUUUAGGAGCACCUUAACUCCAGGCAGUUGGUGAUUUUCCACCCUGGUUCAUAAGCUCAUAACAGCGAGGGACUCUGACUAACAAACCACACUGUUAUGAAUCAGCUGGGAGGAAUAGUCUGUGUGUAAACACUUGGCCAAGAGAGUUUAUGUGGUAAUUUUCCAGCCUGAAUUCAACCCACAGGGAUGUUUUCUCUGCAUUUUUGUAACUAGUAACUAAGUUUUUCAAUAAAUAGGAAGAAAGGAUCAAAUAGAGGGUGAAAAAGGCUUUUAGACAGACAGACACUGUUGUUGUUGUUAUAGGUAUGUUGAAAUAGAGUGAUUUUACUAUCUUGUCAUAUCUGUUUUAGGUCUUUGUUUAUUCAUUUACUAAUAAAAAUCUCUUCUUGAGCCAUUUUACAUACUAACAGUUUGUAAUAAUAAAGUUUACACUUUUUGACACAA